CGACACAUUUGGCAGGUCAACGAUGGGUCCUGCCACUGCCGUCUAAACAUGCUAUCUGGCGAGAAGAUUGGUCGCAGCCAGCAACGUAAAUGCUAUAUAAACCUCUUUGACGGCUGUCACAUUCUCUCCUCACAGUCAACAGAACAUCUCAUCCAUCUUCUUCCUACUCAACAACAACAACUCAAUCCGAUCAUCCCAAUCACCAUCAAAAACUCCAUAUCUCAAGAUGAAGUCAUUCUUCUCCCAGGCUUUCUUCUUCGCAGCCAUUGCUGCUCUUGCAUCAGCUGCCCCUCUCCAGGCCGGCAGUGCCAUCGAGAGCCGAGCAGUCAAGGGCCCUGUCAUCUUCCUCUCCAACUGCUUCAACUCCAAGGGUGGAGCAUACGGGGAAUUUGAAUACUACGAUGAUGCCGCCAACAGCGUUCUGAACAAGAAGUCCUCGGCCCCUACCUUGACCAACGUCAUCAACUCUGCCUCCGACGUCUCCUUCACCCAGGGUGGAACCUUCGUCACCGUCGGUCAAGCACAGGAAUUCGAUGCUAUUUUCUCCAUUGAUGAGGACAAGUUCACUGGCCCCGGAGCAAAGGUCGGAAACGGAAAGAGCACAUCCUACUUCUACGCUCAGGUCUGCUACGAGAUGGCUUCUUCGACGGUCUACAGCCCCAGCGCAUCGGUCAAGUGCUCCAGCCGCAUCUACUGUGUUCCGGGACCGGCGGACAACUAG